AUGCAUACACCAUGCGUGGCCCCACAAGGACCCCUCUCAACCCUCCCUAAAGAACUAUAUUUCGCAAUAUCCGAUUUCCUCCCAUCACCAUCAGACCUAAAUGCCUUCACAUGCACCAACACAACAACCUAUAACCUCCUAAACAACACCCUCUAUAAGCGCGAUGCAACCUCGCCAAACCCAAAAUCCCUCUUCUGGGCCUCAACAACCGACACCCCCUCAACAGCCCUAAAAUCCCUCUCCGCAGGCUUCGACAUCCAAUCAAAAACAGACACAGACCCGCGGCUAAAAGGCUGCACCCCAAUCAUGCUAGCCGCUUUACACAAUAGCAUCGCGGUACUCAAACUGCUUCUGCUAGAUGACGAAGCAAACCCAAACACCCUCGACAGAAAAUGGAUCCGCCCGCCGCUGUCCUGGGCCGUCAAAGAGGGCCACUCAGCCAUAGUGCAGACCUUGUUGAAUGAUGACCGUACAGACGUCAACUUGCAAGAUAAGACGGGUGAUACCGCACUUAUGAUUGCCGUCAACCACCAACCCAAGAUGAUGACGCUACUUCUCUGUAGCGGACGGGCGGAUCCGCGCGUGCCAAAUCGGCAGGGAUGGACGCCACUCAGCCGUGCUGCGCGCGAAGCAGAUGGGGAUGUGGGCUUGCUGCUUGCCAACCAUUUGCGGCUGAUUCUGGAGGGGGACGAUGGCGCUGUGCAUUGCCAGCAUGUGUUUUUCUAUGCGGCUAUCAUGGGGCAUGUUGAUAUUGUGCGGUAUUUAGUGAAGUAUUUGGGGGACAAGCUUGAUCCCAACGCCGAGGGACAGCAGUAUGGGCGGGGAGCCUUUUCAAUUGCGGCUUCGGCGGAACGGGUGGAUGUUGUGCAGUUUUUACUAGAGUGGGAGGUUACGGAUCCUAAUUUGCAGACGCAUUGGAAGAGACAGACACCUUUGUUCGUCGCUGCAGAGAAUGGGCACGAGGAGAUCGUGGGGUUGUUGGUUGGAUGUGAAAGGGUUGGGCUGGAGAUUGCUGAUAUGCAUGGGACUACGCCGUUGGGGGUUGCGACGGAAAGAAACCAUGGAGGGAUUGUUAGGAGGUUGUUGACUGGGUCUAGGCGGGCUGAUCCGAAUGCUCGUGAUGAGAACGGUCAGACACCGCUGUUUAAUGCUGCGUUUCACGGUCACAUAGGUGUUUUGGAGCUACUUCUCGAGGCGCAUGGAAUUGAUCCACAGUUGGGUGAUACCGAUGGGAAGACGCCGUUAGAGGUGGCAUCGGAGAAUGGCAAUCAGCAGGUAGUGGAGGCGCUGCAGAGAUACAUAGACAGCCUAUUAUGA